CAAAACGUCUUGUGACAUGAUAAUCUUUUGCUAAAGAAAAAGUUUGUUUCGUUAAAAUAGAAACUACUUCUGCGCAAUAGUCCUUAGCAAUAGGGCUCAAACAAUAAUAAAUAAUCGAGUGAUUAAAUUUAAGGUUCCAUGAACGCCUAUACUGAGCGUUAUUCUUAGAAAUAUUAGGAAAGUAAACUUGGUAUAUCCGCGGUUCACAGUAAACAUGGCGGAGCAGAGUUCUGGGGUUUCAACGAAUUUUACUCCCUUGGAGCCAUUUGUACACCAAGUUGGAGGACAUUCUUCAAUGAUGAAGUUUGAUGAAAUAUCUGUCUGUAAGCCAUUCAUCACAAGGGAACAUCGAUAUUAUGAAGAUCUGCCUUCGGAAAUGAAAGCCUUCACACCCGAAUAUCGAGUUUUAUACUACUGGUUAGUGGCGAAAAGUAAACUUCUUUUACAGUGGCUUUGCAAUACAUGGAAAAGCAUACUUCAGAUUCAAACCUCAAAGAUUGACCAGCUUUGUUUUACAGUGAAGCACAGGUGGCAUUGUGGGGUGGUGUAUGUGAGCUUUGAGGAAGAUGAUGAAGGAUUCAUUUAUAUCAUAGCUCACCCUGAUAAAAGGGCUCUUGAAAACCAAGAACCCAGCACUCGAUGUAGCUCUUCUGAUAGUGAUAGUAGUGAAGAUAAUGAAGUUGUUGACUCUCAUAAGAGAAGAUCUCUUAGAGAAUCUCAUUUAGAAAGCAUACAGAAAAGACCUCACAGAGUUCGGUUACGGAGUGGUAAAAUAGAACUGGUUGGUUGCCGGAAGGAUGGGUUGUUUGAAGCAGAAGAUAUGCCAGAACAAACUCAGAGUGUAGCAAACCCUUGGAGCCUGCAUUGUCAUAAACAACAGCUUUCAAAACUUUCUAAAACAGCAAAAAUACAAAAAUUUAUUGUGCUUGAAAAUGUCGCUUAUCAAUUCUCAUAUCCUUGUAUUCUGGACCUGAAGAUGGGUACCAGACAGCAUGGAGAUGACACACCUGUAGACAAAAGAGAAAGAAUCAUGGCCAAGGUUGAAUCUUCAACAUCCAAAACAUUAGGAGUCAGGGCAUGUGGACUACAGGUAUAUCAACAGAAUUCAGGCAGAUACAUGUGCAGAAACAAGUACUAUGGCUUGAAACUCACUGAGGAAGGAUUUAAAAGAGAGCUUACUACAUUCUUACACAGUGGUCUUCGUCUGCGUACGGAACUAAUAGACCCUUUAAUUCAUAAACUUAGAAAACUUUACAGAAUUAUAGAAAAGCUAAAUACAUAUCGCUUUUACUCCAGUUCACUUCUAUUAAUGUAUGAAGGAAAGGAAGAAUUGGACAGCCCAUCUUCUCACAAACUCAGGGAAAGUGAGUGUGGAUCUUCUACAGAGUCUGAUGAAAAGUUUCACUUGCAGAAGAGUCAGUCAUCUCCAAAUUUAAGAGGCAUGCGACGACCCAAAGUUGAUGUACGUAUGAUUGACUUUGCACACACCACAUAUAGUGGGUGUCCACAGGAUCGACUACGAACAGGGCCUGACAAUGGUUACAUGUUUGGAAUUGAAAAUCUCAUCCGAUUAUUAGAAGAAAUCAAAAGAAAUCAUACUGAUGAUUCUGAAUGUAAGAAUUAAUGGUAGACCAGGUUAGUACACUGUAAAAUAUUUUAGGAAUAUCUAGAACCAUUGAUGAUCAUAAUUAUGGAACCAAGAAUACAUGCAGAAUUUGAAACAUAGUCAAAAUAAGUCAUUUGUGAUCAUCAUUCUAAGAAAAAAAACUUAAUACAAAGACAUGACCAUCAUGUUGGAACUUGCCCUUACAAAAGAACAACUGAACAUUGGUUAAACUCAACUAACAUCUAUGGCAGCUUUGAUCUCACAUACUUCUACUUAGAUCUUAUUAACCGACCGGGAGGUCUGUACGGGAUAAUCUUGACCGAGGUCGGAAUGUACAGACCUCGGUCA